AUGCGACUGCAAACAAUGGAGCGGCUCGAGAAGGCGCCGCCGACGCUACGCCGCUCCGCAACCACCGGUUCCUCCUCCAACGGCAUCCUCGCCAGCGUCGCCCUCCCGCUCCUCCUUGUCCUCCUCGGCCUCUUCGCCUCCCCUCCUUCCAAAUCCACUUACCACGCUCUUUUCCUCACUCUCUCCGACAACGCUACCGCCGCCCGACACCUCCUCGCUCUAACCCGCCGCCCCCACGUCGCCGGAACCCCGGCUAACGCAGAAGCUGCGUCCUAUGUCCUCGAUGUCCUCUCUUCCGCCUCCUUCUCCGCCCGAUCCGCCUCCUACGACGUCCUCCUCUCCUACCCUGUCACCCGCUCCCUUCUCCUCUCCCCAUCUCCGCCGCCGUUCUCGGCUUCACCCGUCGCGUUUGACCUCAUCCAGGAGAUCUACCCCGGCGAUCCCUACGCCACCUCGGCCGCUGAAUCCGUUCCCACUUUCCAUGCCUAUUCCCGAUCCGGCUCCGCGGCCGGCCCCGUCGUCUACGCCAACUACGGCCGCUUGGAGGACUUCGCCGCCCUAGGGGAGAUGGGGGUAAAUGUUACCGGGGCGGUGGUCUUGGCCAGAUACGGUAAGAUAUUCCGCGGGGACAUACUGAAGAACGCUGAGGAGGCUGGGGCGGCCGCCGCCGUGGUGUACACCGACGCCAAGGACUACUGCGGCAGGGAGCGGUGGUUCCCCGACGGACCGGGGAUGCCUCCGAGUGGAGUCCAGGUGGGGACCACGUUUCGGGGAAUUGGGGAUCCGACGACCCCUGGAUGGCCGAGCGCCGCCGGGUGCGAGCGUCUGAGCCCGGCGGAGGUGUCGGCUAGUGGUCUGGUGCCGGGCAUUCCGUCGUUGCCGAUCUCGGCGAGGGAUGGGGAGGCAAUACAGAGGAGCGUCGGGGGACAGGUGGCGCCAGAUGAAUGGCAGGGAGGCGAAGGGGCCCCUGUUUACCGUCUGGGUCCAGGUCCCGGGUUCCUCAACUUGACGUACAUUGGGAAUGAAACGCUUGCAACAAUACAGAAUGUCUUCGCUGUUAUUGAAGGGAAAGAGGAACCUGAUAGGUAUGUAAUCUUGGGUAAUCACCGGGAUGCCUGGACAUUUGGAGCAGUAGAUCCAAGUAGUGGAACUGCAGCGUUGCUUGAGGUAGCUGAAAGGUUGGGCAAGCUACAAAAAAGGGGAUGGAGACCUCGACGGACCAUAGUCUUGUGCAAUUGGGAUGCAGAAGAAUAUGGCCUAAUAGGAUCUACAGAAUGGGUUGAAGAGAAUAGAGAAAUGUUAGCUUCAAGAGCAAUUGCUUAUCUGAACGCUGACUGCCCAGUCAGAGGCUCUGGUUUCCAUGCCUCUACAACACCACAACUUGAUGAGUUGCUGAAGGAAGUUACUAAAAAGGUUGAAGACCCAGACAAUUUCUCUCAAACAGUCUAUGAUUCUUGGACGUUGUCCCCCAAUCAUUCUCCUCAGAUUGGGAGACUAGGUGGUGGUGCUACAGACUUUGCUGCUUUCAUCCAACAUGUGGGUGUUUCAUCCUUAGAUAUGUAUUUUGGAGAAGGAUACCCAGUUUACCAUUCACUGUAUGAUGAUUUUGUGUGGAUGCGUAACUUUGGAGAUCCAUUUUUUCAUAGACACAUUGCAGUGGCAAGUAUAUGGGGUCUAGUUGCCUUGAGGCUCGCGGAUGAUGAGUUCUUGCCGUUUGACUAUAGCUCCUAUGCAUCUGAGCUCCAGCGCAGUGCAAAGAUAGCGAAAGACCAGGCUGUCAAUACACCUGUAAGUUUUGCUCCUCUGUACAAAUCCAUUGAGAAACUCAAGAGGGCAGCUUCGACAAUAGAUAACCAGAAAAAGGGCUUAGAGUCAAAAGUUGGCUUAUUGAAGUGGAGGAAAGAUCCACUGACAGUUCGAGAUGUCAACGACAGAUUGAUGAUGGCCGAACGAGCAUUGACCGAUCGGGAAGGGCUUUUCCAAAAGGAAUGGUACAAGCACUUGAUUUAUGGACCUUCAGCACAGGAUGACUACGGGUCGACAAUGUUCCCGGGCGUCGACGAUGCCAUUUGGAAGGCUAAGAGGCUGAACAGUUCAGAAGCGUGGCAUUUUGCCCAGCAUGAAGUGUGGAGGGUUGCGAGGGUGAUCGACCAAGCAUCCUUGGUCCUCGGCGGGAAAUUUACAUGAGCUCGCCGUGUUUUGAGUAGCUUGUGGUGGCAUCUCAUCAUUAUUCGGUAUGUUUUCUUUUGCAGUUUAAUGGUGCAUUCGGUUAUGGAAUGAAAUACACUAGAGCAAAAUUAUUAGAAUUUUUGACAUUUUUUAGUAUGACUAUUGGUAUGUUAAAAUUGUAGAACAAAUCACUCAAGAUACUUAUAAUUCAAAAUUUUUAGCUAUAUA